UGUUUUUAAUCGUCCGUCUAGCUAUACCUGUCACUAAUCCCCCGGCGCUGCGUGUCGUCGGAGUACUCCUCCUUCCCCGUGUCCAUGCGAAGGAGGAGUUUAACCCCACAUUGCCUGGGAGGAGUGCGCAGUCUCCUGGCGCUCCGUCCCGGGAACACUUGGUCUGCAAACGGAGGAGUCGUGGAAGUGCGGUCCGAGAAAGCCCGAUAUUUAUGCCUCCGUUAAACGCCACAGCGUCAUAUUUAGCGGUGGCGAAGAGGGGCACGCGUGAAUACUGAGAAAAUGGUGUUUUAUCACAGGAAACAGUAGCCGGAUGAGCCUGACGACGGAGGAAUUAGUUUAUUUUGAGAAAUGAGGCGGAGAGAGGCGUGCAUAGGACCUCCAAUCUGAGACAAGACUUUCUGACAGGCAGAGAUGGGAAAUUCAGAGAGUCAGUACAGCAUCCAGGGCCCCAAAGGCACCAGCUUUGUCUUCCCCGGGAAACAAAAGCCAUAUUCACUGAAGUUCCGUUCAGCCAAAGACGACACUUUGUCACCCCAUACAUGGUGGAAAAGCACCUCUUUAGGCUCAGGGUACAAGGCCAGGUGUGUUGGCCGUGGCUGUUUGUCCCCUACUAAAAGCCGACAGCCUUAUUCUACUCGGCACUAUGACUAUGUAUCCAGGGGAGCGAGAAGCAGCCCAAGUGACCAUCGGUGGCAUCGGUCCCCAGGAUGUGGUAUACGAAGGCGUCAUAUGUCAGAUGAGUACGAAAACAAUCCGUAUGGGGCUGAAUUCAAUGGGCACACCCUGAAUGGACACAGUGAUGAACAUGAGGUUUUAGAGGAACAGAGCAGCCCACGGGUGGUGAUCAAGAAGGAUGGCAGUCUCAGGGUGGAGUUCACCAACACCUCCGUAAAUCCCCUCCUCCUGGACGAGGCCUCUGGCCCUGUACAACUCCUUAAGUUCUCUCCCAACCUGGAGUCCGCCUCCACUCCCAGUCUGCCCGGUUCCAGUGGUAGUAGGCAGGAUGGCCACCGCAGCGGUCCCCCAGCAACCUCUACUUCCUCCACAGCCAGGACCAGCAAGGGAAGCUCACUGAGCUCUGAUGGCUCAUGGUAUGACUCCCCCUGGGGGCCCAGCACAGAGGUGUGUGAGCAGGACCAACCCUGCUCUGCCAGUAGGACUCUAGUUCACUCCCCCAUCCACCAGCUUCACUCAUUCACUGAACAAUCUCCCCCUGUGUCUAUCACAGACCUCUACAGGGACUCCACAAUGGCUGCUACCUUUCCCACAGCCAGGGACCUGUCCUCCCAGUUACAGGAGCCUUCACCAGGCCAGAGGCCACACCGAGCCUCCUUUGCAUCCGUCCUGGAUGUGCCCUUGGAGGAAGCUUGCCCUGAGGUUCUGCAAUACUCAUCAUAUACCCUGCCCUGUCGCAGGCCCAAAGCCCACACCAUGAGCGAGGGCCUGGAUCAGUACCCUAACCAGGAACAGCACCAGGAGCAGGGUGUCCCAGAUUGUGUCUUCCACAAAAAAGACUCUAUCAAAAACCGCAUGCGACGCUUCAGUGACUGGACAGGCAGCCUCAGCCGCAAGAAGAGGAAGUCUCAGGAAACCAGGUACAAGGACCUGAACGAUGCUUUUGACAGUGGAGUUGAUGGCCUGACUGCAGACACCAGCUCCCCCUCUCAGGUCUCUAGCCUCCUGUGGUUCUCAGGAACCUCCAGGGCCCAAUCUUCAGGAGCCAUUCACCAAACAACCAGCGACGCCCUCCGCCAGAACAUUUAUGAGAACUUCAUGAGGGAGUUGGAGAUGGGCACCGGACAGGGAGGGGGAGGAGGCGAGAGAAGAGACCCGUCCACUGGCACUGAAGAGGGGGAGAGCAGCAGCGAGUCGGCAGAGGGCUCCCUAGAGCAGCUGGACCUACUGUUUGAAAAGGAGCAGGGGGUGGUCAGACGGGCUGGCUGGCUUUCUUUUAAACCCCUUGUCACCCUUCACAAGGACAGGAAGCUUGAGCUGGUGACCCGCCGCAAGUGGAAGCAAUACUGGGUGACCCUUAAAGGAUGUACGUUGCUGUUCUAUGAGACUUAUGGUAAAGGCUCUCCGGAGACGGAGCUGUCGCCUCGCUACGCUCUCUUGGCUGAGGACAGCAUUGUCCAGGCGGUUCCUGAGCACCCCAAAAAGGAAAAUGUCUUCUGCCUUAGCAAUUCAUACGGAGACGUCUACCUCUUUCAGGCCAGCAACCAGACCGACCUGGAGAACUGGGUGACAGCCAUCCACUCUGCCAGUGCUUCACUGCUGGCCAAGCGCCAGGGGAAGGAGGAUACAGUGCGUCUGCUGCGGAGCCAGGUCCGAGGCCUGCUGCAGAAGAUCGACAUGGACGGGAAGAUGAAGAAGAUGGCUGAGCUGCAACUGACUGUAGUCAACGACCCAAAGAACCGCAAAGCUAUUGAGAACCAGAUCCAGCAGUGGGAGCAGAAUCUGGAGAGGUUCAACAUGGACCUCUUCAGGAUGCGCUGUUACCUGGCCAGUCUACAGGGUGGAGAGCUGCCCAACCCAAAGAGCCUGCUAGCUAUCGCCAGCCGCCCCACCAAAACCACCCUCGGACGCCUUGGGAUCUUCUCUGUCUCCUCCUUCCAUGCACUGAUCUGUUCCAGAGAUGAGGCCACACUCAGGAGACGCUCAUUGUCCGUGACUUAUAGACAGCGCAAGAGAGGUCUUUUCUCCUCGCUCAAAGGCCUCGACAACCUAACAAAGAGAGGACGGGACAAGAGACCCUCUGCAUCACAGAUCUUUGAGAGCGACGCUGGAGGUCAAACCUUCGCCCUGCCUCCCAGGAGCACAGAGAGGCUGGACUUGCUGACCAAUAUCUACUCCAUGUCGCCCCCCGAGGGCGUUGUGUGGGACAGCAUCAGUUGUGCCACAGACGUGCUGACGUGUGUCUACAUGCCAGACGGCCUGACAGUCCAAGUUCCCGUCAAGAGAGACCAGACAGCCGCCGACCUUCUCUCUGCAGCCUGCAAGGUGAAACAGCUGGACCUAGGCCUGCACUGCCUCCGACUGCACAGGCGAGCGGGGCAGGGGGUGGAGGUUCGAUACGUGGCUCCUGGAGAGCUCCUCCGCGAUAUGGUCAACGAUCAGUUGGAGGUUUUCCCAGUUAAUGUGUUUACACUGCACAUGAGCAGGCCGAGCGGCAUUGGAGACUUUGGUUUUGCAGUAACAGGACACAUAGACAGCCAAAAGAAAAGCCGCAUCUUCGUCAGUGAGGUUCUUCCUGAUGGACUGGCCCUCAAUGAAGGUCUGCGUCCAGGUGAUGAGAUCCUGGUACUGAACGGUCAGUGUGUGUCGGGUCUGGACCUGUCGCUGAUCCAGACGUUGUUUGCUGAACAAACCCUGCACCUGAGCCUGAGGCGGGACGGUCCCCUGCCGCCAACUGUGGCCUCCAACCACCAGGCCCCUCCUGCCAAACUCAACCUUGAGGUUCGCAGCAAGCACCACCGAGCCAAGUCUUCCUCAGACGUGUGUACUGCAGCUGAUGGUGUUAAGUCCCUGUGCAUAGGACUGGAGAAUGGUCACUCCCACUGCGCAAACAGGCCUGUUCAGCACAGCAAGAGCGUGGACACAGUGUGCACACUCUACCAGUCCUUCCAGGAAGGGACGGGCUCAGGCCCUGGGGGUCUGAUGGAGGACGCCAAGGAACCUCGGAUGAGGCAGGGAGGGGAGUUGGGGUCAGGUCCCACGGGAGAGGCCACCCUGCUCAGACCUUGCCCCAAGCACAUGAGUGCCACUGAGAGGUUACGAAAGGUCAUCCAGGAGCUGGUGGACACAGAGAAAUCCUAUGUUAAGGACCUGGCCUGUUUGUUUGAGAUCUACCUGAAACCCCUGCAGAAUGAAACCUUCCUCACACUGGACGAGAUGGAGAGUCUGUUUGGCAGCCUGCCAGAGAUGUUGGAGUUCCAGAGGGUCUUCCUGCAGACGCUAGAGGAGAGGAUUGCCUCCUCGCCCGACUUCAGCACCCUGGAGACCCCCUCACAGUUCAAGAAGCUGCUGUUUUCUCUUGGGGGGUCGUUCCUCUACUACGCCGACCACUUCAAGCUCUACAGCGGCUUCUGUGCCAACCACAUCAAGGUCCAGAAGGUCCUGGAGAGAGCUAAGACGGAUCAGGCCUUCAAGGAAUUCCUGGAUGCGAGGAACCCCACCAAGCAGCACUCAUCCACCCUGGAGUCCUACCUGAUUAAACCGGUGCAGAGGGUGCUUAAGUACCCCCUGCUGCUCCGGGAGCUGGUCUCUCUCACUGAUGCCGAUAGCGAGGAGCACUACCACCUCACUGAGGCUCUGAAAGCCAUGGAGAAGGUGGCCAGCCACAUCAAUGAGAUGCAGAAGAUCUACGAGGAUUACGGCGCUGUGUUUGAUCAGCUAGUUGCUGAGCAGACUGGCCAUGAUAAGGAGGUCACAGAGAUCUCGAUGGGAGAGUUUCUCAUGCAUUCCUCCGUGGUCUGGCUCAACCCGCAUCCAUCGCUGGGUCGUAUGAGAAAAGACCCCGAAAUGACCGUGUUUGUGUUCAAGAAAGCGGUGAUAUUGGUCUACAGGGAAAACAACAAGCUGAAAAAGAAGAUUGCCAACCCUCGUUCGGCACUCUCUCACGGAGAUUCAGACCCUUUUAAGUUCCGCUGGCUCAUCCCGCUCUCUGCGCUGCAGGUCAGACUGGGAAAUACUGCAGCAGGACCUGGCACGGAAAGCAGCUGCAUCUGGGAGCUGAUUCACUCCAGGUCUGAAGUGAAAGGGAGACCCGAAACCAUCUUCCAGCUGUGUAGCAGUGUGCCAGAGAGCAAGGUCAGCAUCAUCAAGGUGAUCCGCGCCAUCCUCAGGGAGAGCGUGAGGAGGAACAUGAAGAGCGAGGGCACGCAGGAGAGGAGCUGCAAGGAGCGCCUGGCCCCCCUGCGCACUACCCUGCCCUCCUCCGCCAGGCUAGGUUCCUCCAGGGCCUCCUGGUUGUGUAAGCAGCCACUUGGAGAUCUGUCCGCCCAGGCUGGGAAUCCCAAGCUGGGGCCAGACUCAGAUGAAGGAAGCCUGAGCAGCGGAACCUACAGCUUAUCUGGCGCUCCUCCGCCCUGCACCCCCUCUGACUCGCAAAUCCUCCCUGUCCAGCAGAACUGGCCUCAGACCCCGGGGUCCAAUUCACAGCCCCGCCCCGCCUCUGUCAAAGAGUCCGAUAUUUUAAGUGAUGAGGAUGAUGACGGCUUUAGUGAGGGGGGAACGAGGAGGGACAGUGGAGACAGCAGCUCCCCAACUAGCGCCAUUGAGGCUCAAUUCCUUCAGCUUAAACUCUCAGAGGACGCUGUCUCAAAAUGUGCACCGGCACCCUGUGUUCAACCUGAGGGGGUCGGGGACACUCCCGAGACCCAACCCAAGCUGAUGCGGGGACACUUCAGUGCUGUUAAGAGGAAACCCGGCAGUUUCAGGAGGAGUCAGGGUGGACUGUUGAACAUGAAGGAGCACAGCAGGUCACUGGACAGCCAGACGGACGCAGUAUCAUCACCAGGGGUUGUGGACCUCAACGUGUUGCUGGAGAGAGAGUUUAGUGUUCAAAGCCUGACGUCUGUAGUCAAUGAGGACUGUUUCUAUGACCCAGCUGAGAGCUGCGCCACUGACUCUGGAAAUGCCACCUCCUCCUAGGGGCUGGGACGGACGAGACUUUACUGUACCUGGGCCACAGGUUAGUGGUCAUAAAAGUCAGACCCGAGCCCAUUAGUCACAACAGGACAAACCCGUCGUUCACUGCAGGCUCUGCCAGGGUGGCUGUGAAGCUGUGCCUCCCUUCAAAAAGACAGUUCAGUAAGCCACACACCUGCCCGCUAAAGGCUAGGUUUAAGCCAUGUAUUCUAACGAAAACCUGUUGGCUGACGGACUCAGUUUUUUUUCCCCCUAGAGAGGCGAAGCGAGGUGAUUUCUGUCACAGCGACGAUGACUGCAAUGAAUCUGCCAAGCACUGAUGCGUCCCGGCGAUCUCCUCAGCUCUCUGGGCUUUGCCUCCUCCCCACAAACCGUCUGAGUGACGCAUUCCAUCCACGUGUCCCCUGCAGCUCAUGCCGAUUGGAAGCUUUUAUUCAUUCCUUGACCUUUUCAAGAAGUAGAGAGUUGAAAGUUGAAAGAGGGGGACAAGUCCACAGUAUAUAUAUAUAUAUAUAUAUAUAUAUAUUACAUAUAUAAUACAUGUCCACGGGAAACUGAGAUAGAAUGAGUUUUUCAGACGGCCACAUUGGCGCUUUGCGACAGUUAUGGCACAGCAGGUUUUCUGAAAAUUGUAUUUUCGUCAGAAAUUAAAUGAAAGGAGGCACUGAGUAAAAGCUAUCACAGACUAACAAGAGCGACACAAAGAGCUGUGGCAGAGAGGACAUUGGCUUAAAUGAACGGGAAGUAGACUGACUUUCGUAACUAAGCCUUUUUGUGGGAUUUUCUGCACUAAAGUACACUGUUUGCCUAUAUAUUUGAAAUAUUUUUUAUUUGUAUAGUUUUUAAUGUUAUUAAUGCUGUUUUUAUUUAUUAAUAGGUCUUGAUUAUGUAUAUCUUAGCAAUGUAACUUUUUGGGUGAAGACUUGAACAGUUGGUUAAAGAUCUGGUCUACUCUUCAAUAAAAAAAAUACAUAUGA